CUUCCGGCCGCGCAGGCGCAGGAGGCCGCGUGCCAGACCGGUAGCGGGGACCGAAGGAAAGAAAAAAGAUCCUAGUCGGUGAGGAGAAUGGAUUGGAAAAGAGAAAGCAGUGGGAAAGUGCGUGGGAAAGCGUUGCAGAAGCCCAGGAAGAGGAGAACCCUGUGGAGUGGGCAUGCCGGUGACCGGAGAGACUGAAUUCAGGUAUGGAUGUUGCAGACCUUGAGGGGCCAGCUGAGCGAAGUGUAGGAGAAAGAGCCAGGCCACAGAAGAGACUUGAAGCGAUCGGCGUGUACACAGCCGCCAGAGCCACGUGUGGGGAUGCGACGGUGUGGAAGGUGUGGAAUGGAAGGGGGGCCCACGACAUCCAGAGGGAUGCCGUCACCUAAGGUCACCUUCUAAGAAUCAGGCGUCAGUGGAAGAAGCUCAGGAGACCGUGAGGCCCGAGUGGUGACCGUCGUCGUCAUCAUGUCCACAGGAGUCCCGGAAGAUGCCCGGAGGGAGAGAGGUGGCGAGAAAGAUGUGGGCCCGGAAUCUCGAUGAGGGAGGAGCUCGCAGGAGCCGGCGCCAUGGAGACGCGGCCCCAGGAGGGCAGGAAAGGGCCCGCGCCCAGGGACGUGCCCCCAGUGGUGGGGCUGCUGCUCUCCAUGGCCCUCAUGAACGCCCUCCUCUACCUCUGCCUCGACCGGCUCUUCAUCUCGCCCCGGCGCUCCACGGAGGACCCCACACGCUGCCCCUACGGCCACUUCCGGAUGGGGCCGAUGAGCAACUGCUCCCCGUGGCUGUCCUGCGAGCAGCUGAGGACGGAAGUGAGGCAGGUGAAGCGCGUCGGGGAAGGAGCCGUGAAGAGAGUGUUUCUGUCCGAGUGGAAGGAACGCAAGGUGGCUCUGUCGCGGCUCACCCGGCUGGAGGUAAGAGACGACUUCCUGCACGGACUGCGGAUGCUGAAGUCGUUGCAGAGUGAGCACGUUGUCACGCUGCUGGGCUACUGUGAGGAUGACAACAGCAUCCUCACCGAGUACCACCCCUUAGGCCCCCUGAGCAGCCUGGAGGCGACGCUGAACCUCUCCAAGUACCGGAGCACGAACACAUGGCAGCACAGGCUGCAGCUGGCCCUGGGCUACGUGGCCAUCAUCGACUUCCUGCACCGCAGCCCCCUGGGCACGCUGGUCAUGUGCGACUCCAGCGACCUGCCCAAGACGCUGUCCCAGUACCUGCUGACCGCCAACUUCAGUAUCGUGCUCAACGACCUGGACGCCCUGCCCCUGGUGAACCGCAGCACCGGGGCCCUGGUGAAGUGCGGCCACCGGGAGCUUCGCGGGGACUUCGUGGCCCCAGAGCAGCUGUGGCCCUACGGAGAGGACGUGCCUUUUCACGACGACCUCAUGCCCGCCUAUGACGAGAAGAUCGACAUCUGGAAGAUUCCAGACGUCUCCAGUUUCCUUCUGGGGCACGUAGAAGGGAGCGACAUGGUCCGAUUCCACUUGUUUGAUAUUCACAAGGCGUGUAAGAGCCAGACGCCUGCAGAGAGACCCACCGCUCAGGACGUGCUGGACACUUACCAGAAGGUUUUGCAUCUCCUCAGAGACACCGCGACGUCUCAGACAAGGGAGAUGCUGUAAAGACCAGUGCAGCCGGUGAGGCAUGGGAGUCAGGGAUGGGAUGGAAGAGUCACGGUGGUUCCGCUCUGAUGGUGAGGUUUUUGCUGCUUUGACCCGUGGUUCUUCCGUCCGCGUGCACAAGUGAGCGGCUCCCUAUCCUGGUCGCCUGGCAGGAGUUACUAAGCCAGAGCAAACCGGGCUUGAUGGGAGCCUGGCUUCAGGCGAAGGCGCAGAGAAGCAGCGAGUCUGGCCGGUAUCUGAAGGAAGUAACGAAAAUGGAGCUACAGAGAGGCUUCCCGAACACCUAAAUGUGUAAGCUCGUAAGAAACGUGUGUAGAGAGGUUUUUAAAUUGCAGUGUACAGAGGAAACAAGCAGUAGCACUCGCUUUUUUAGGUAUUUGCGGUGUAUUUCACUGGUACUGAUGAGGCAUCUCUACCGUUUCAAAUGAUUGCUCUGUGAAGUUCCUGUGCCGUUCCCUUCCCAGCGAGCUUGCACGCUCUUUGAAAUUUUGAGUGGAUAAGGCACAUUUAAAAUAUCAAGUACGAUGGA